AUGGAGGGAGAGCUCAGUUGGGAUAACGGCUCAGCAGUUCUGGAUUGGAUUCGUCGGCAAUUGCUGGAGGACGAUGAUAUCGAUCUGACAGCUUCAAGAUCUCUAGCCACAGAUUCAUCGUCCUCGUCGUCGUCUGUGCCGCCAAGGAGAGGAGCCACUUACAAAGGCGUCAGGAGAAGACCAUGGGGGAAAUACGCAGCGGAGAUAAGAGAUCCCAGCAAGAACGGAACCAGAAUGUGGUUGGGGACCUACGAGACCCCUGAGGAGGCGGCCGUGGCGUAUGACCAGGCAGCUUUCAAGAUGCGAGGCUCCAAGGCUAUGCUUAACUUUCCUCACCUUAUCAGCAGCGCACAAGAGGCACAGGCAGUCAAGGUGUCUAAUUGUGAAAGUGGAUUUAGGCAGCUGGGGAUCCAGCUGCUCCCAGAAGAAAUCGGGUCGGAGCGUAUUCAGAAGAUAAUUGAUGAUAUGGUUAAAGUAAUGAGAUUAGCUCCUGGAGUUGGCCUUGGCCUUGCUGCUCCUCAGAUUGGUGUCCCCUUAAGAGCCUCAUCAUGGUCUUCUUCUUUUGAAAGAGGAAUGAUUAAACCGGUUUUCGUGGUGAUGAUUCAGAUUAUUGUUUUGGAAGAGGAGACUUCUGCUCAAAACAGGCGUCUCUUUGAUCUCAUGGUAAUGGUGAAUCCGGAGCUUAAAGCGAGUAACUUGGGAAAACAAGGCAAACGCUGA